UCAACAAUACACGAGCAGCCACGUGACUGACUAUUCGUCUUCAUUCUUCCACGCCCCCUCAUUUGCAUACAGCAGAGCUGCCAGGAUGGUUGCUAAGGCGACUUUCUUUGGCCCCGCCCUGAUCCCCGGCUUUCUGCGCUCCUUCCCAUAAACUAACAGCGGUGCGCGUGUGCUGAUUCACAGCGUCCCAGUUUACGCGCAGUGGCGUUUCGCGUUUCUUCUCACUUUUAAGUGCUCGUCUCGUCAAAGUUCUUCAGCUCAGCCAGCUAAUACUAACUACUUCUAGGAAGUUAAGCCGUUUUACAAUGUCUGCGGUAUCAAGGCGCAGCUCUAUGGGGGUCCCUAUAAAGAACAUCGAGCGUGAGUUGAUCUGCCCCAUUUGCAAGGAACUGUUCACACACCCGCUCAUCCUGCCUUGCCAGCACAGCGUUUGUCACAAAUGUGUCAAAGAGCUGCUCAUGCUAAACCAGGACGACUCGUUCGGUACGGAUGCCGGAUCCGAGUGUUCGAACCCUGGAAGCCCGAGGUCCAGAGUUCCGUCUCCCAGCAUGGAGAGGCUGGACAGGCUGGUCCGAUCAGGGUCCGUGUCAUCCUCCCCCGGCUGGAGGCGCUCCUCAGUCACCCCCCGUGUCACCAGCUUCCCAUGCCCAGGUUGCCAGCGCGACAUAGAGCUGGGCGAGCGGGGCAUCAGCAUGCUCUUCCGAAACUUCACGCUGGAGAACAUUGUGGAGCGCUACAGGCAGGCGGCCCGUGCCGCUGUCGCCAUCAUGUGCAACCUGUGCAAGCCGCCUGCUGUGCAGGAGGCCACCAAGAGCUGCAUGGACUGCAAGGCGAGCUACUGCAAUGAGUGCUUCAAGCUGCACCACCCGUGGGGGACGCCCAGGGCCCAACACGAGUAUGUCGGGCCUACUACUAACUUCAGACCAAAGGUGUUGAUGUGUCCUGAGCAUGAGAUGGAAAAAGUUAACAUGUACUGCGAGGUGUGUCGCCGGCCAGUGUGUCACCUCUGCAAACUUGGCGGUUCUCAUGCUAACCAUAAGGUCACGUCCAUGAGCAGUGCCUACAAGGUCCUGAAGGAUAAGCUAGCAAAAAGUAUCCAUUACUUAAUUAGCAAAGAGGAACAAGUGAAGACUCAGAUUUCUGAACUUGAGGUCAUGAUUCGGCAGACCGAGGAAAAUGGACAACUCGCAGAGAGACAGGCGAACGAGCACUUUGAGCGUCUAUUUGAGACUCUGCAGGAAAGGAAGACCGAAUUGUUGCGGUCCAUCGAGCUGUCCAGGAACCGGCGUCAGGACAAGCUCAAGAGCCAGGUGGAUGAGUACCAGGGCAUGCUGGAGAACAGUGGUUUAGUGGGUUACGCACAGGAAGUCCUCAAGGAGACUGACCAAUCCUGCUUUGUUCAGACGGCUAAGCAGCUCCACAUCAGGGUUCAGAAAGCCACAGAGUCACUGAAGACCUUUCAGCCUGCUGCUAACCCCUCGUUUGAUGAGUUUAUCCUGGACACAUCAAAGGAAGAGUCCUUGCUGAAAGACCUUUCCUUUGGUGGAGUUCCCUAUCCUCCCAUGAUUGACCUGUCUCAGAGUCGUGUGUAUAACGAGGGCCUGAUUCACUGGAGGCUGCAUGAGGACUCUCUGCCCACAGACCACCAUGUCCUUGAGUAUAGAAAAGUGCCUGCAAAGGAUGAGGAGGAGAGCCAGUGGCACCUGACCGAGCGUGUGCACGGCUCCAGCACAGUGGUGUGUGACUUGGAUAGUGAUUGCCGCUACGCGUUCAGGGUGCGGAGCAGCCGCAAUACCAUUCACAGCCCCUACAGCCCUGAGGUGUCCUUUCACACACCACCUGCACCAGUGUUCGGCUUCCUGUUCAAUGAGAAAUGUGGCUACAGUGCAGAGCGUCUGCAGUUGAGCAAGAGGAAGGAUUCUGUGGAAAGCAUGGCUGGCAUGGUCUUCCUGUUGGCUGCUGAUCGGGUCCAGACUGGAAGUUACGUAUGUCUUGACUACAUCAUCGGUGACACGGGCAUAUCACAUGGCCGCCACUACUGGGCUUUCCAUGUGGAGCCUAGCUCUUACAUGGUGAAAGUUGGUGUGGCGUCAGACGCGAAGAUGAGCGAGUGGUUCCACAACCCCCAUGACACCAGCAGCCCAAGGUACGACCAUGACAGUGGGCAUGAUAGCGGCAGCGAGGACACGUGCUAUGAGCUCUCACAGCCUUUCACUCUACUCACAGCAGGCAUGGGCAAGCUCUUUAUUCCCAAAGCGUCUCACACUGCAGCCGCAGGAGACCAUGGCAGCCGUGUUCUUCCUCUGCCUCAGCGAAUCGGCAUCUGCCUCGACUACGAUGCUGGCCGCGUAUUCUUCUACGACGCUGACUCGAUGCGCUGCCUCUACGAGCGUCGGGUGGACUGUUCCGGAACCAUGUACCCUGCGUUCGGCCUCAUGGGGGGCGGAGCUAUCCACCUGGAGGAGUUCAUCACAGCCAAGCGCCUCUCUUACAUGUGAAUGUGACCGAGUCGAUCUACUGAUCCAUAACUCUACUAUUCUAUUGGUUUAUUUUGUCAUGAUAUGUAGCUAUCUGUGGAAAAAAACCCCACUAUUUUAGUGCACUAUUUCAGUUUGAGUCACGAGUAACCUGAAAAAAAACCCUUGGUUCAGUGCCUUUUAGGAGACCAACUCGGCAGGUGUUUAGAUUAUAACAUCCUCACCUAUACACAUCAGGGUUUACUAACAGUCACAGAAAUGCAAAAGAACACACUAUACCUUAAUAUAAUGUAAAAUUUUACAGAUGUCACCUAUUUGCCGUUCACAUGUGAGCCAUUUAACGAUUGUCUGAUUGUUGCAGAUCGACACCUGUGCACUAAUAAUAACCGGCUUUGUAAACUAUUCUGAUUGUAGAAAUGCUGCUUGGGCAGGCUUUUUUUUUCUAUUAGGAAAAAGAAUAAGGUUUGUUUUAAGAAUAAUCAAGAAUGAUCUAAUAAAUAAUUUGCAGUGAAAUUGAAUCUAUUCUAUCUAUCAGUCUGUCUUAAAACAUCAUAAAAGCGCUUGCUCGCAGUGGAUUGUCACAUAUACAUGUAAGGACACCUCGUAGUGAUUGGUAUGGAAUUGAAUGCAGCAUAGAAUGGCUUUCGCAUUUUGAAUGUGUGUGUGUAUGUAUUUUUAAAAUGAAAAGUAGCAUUUGAAUCACAAUGUGCUGCUAGGUUUUAACCAGGGUACGAGUACGAACACUGAUUCAGAAGGUGAUUAGGUUAAUAUGCACCAUCACAGCCUGUGCAAAAAUGACAGGAAGAAACUGACAUGGUCUUAGUGAAUGAUCAGAUGUUUUGCAACAGGAUUGCUGGCUAUAAAGGGACUUAACUGGAGUAGUAGUAGAUGGAGUGGGAUUGCCAUGUGAUUCCUCAGGUACUCACCUUUUGGGCUUUCUGAUAUCUACCUCUUAGUCCUGAAAAAAUAAUAAUAAUAAUAGGCACUGGUUUUAUGCUUGGAUUAUUUUGAGGUAGUGGUAUAGCACGUGCCUAUUCACUAAACCUCGAAGGGAAUGUUUUCCUCUUAAGCUGGAACCCUAUGAGUUACCAAAUCAAAGCAUUCUAUUCCUACAUUUUAAGUCGUUUAAGUCUUUGAUUUCAUUGCAAACUGAUGGCUUUUUUUUUUUUUUUUUUUUUAAAUGAAUGCAUUUUCAAAUUUCACUGCUUUUCAA